AUGCCGAGCAUCGCCGCUGUCGCCAACAUGGCUUGCCUCCUCCUGGGUCUCGCUUCCCUCCUCCCGGUCGCCUCCGCCGACGAUGCCAUCGUCACCGCCAUGGAGGGCCUCCCCGCGUACUUCACUCAGUUCUAUAUGACCCUUUCGUUGAACGCCGCCGGCGCCCCGGUCCCAUACGCGUACAACGUCGCGCCUUUGACAGAAGAAGCUGGGUUGAAUCAGACUAACCAGAACUCGGGUGAGACAUUCAACGUACAAGGCAACGUGAACCUAGUGGACCAGGCCAACUUUAACAACCUGAGCCUCCAAGACUCGAUUGUCUACAUGUCCUGCGACUCGAAUAUCGACAGCUCCAACAUAUCUCCCAGCUACAUGUUGAACCAGCUGAUGACACAGCAAAACAACCAACCGAAGGCUAUAUUGCUUUAUAGCGCUAACGCAACGUACUGUUCUGUUGGCGGAUCCAACCUAGCCUACACGGCCAUUUGGACCAUGACUGUCCGAGAGCAAGUCCUGGCUGUGAAGACCCUCGCCUCGGACUCGACAAACACUAUUCGCGGCACCAUAUCGGGCAACAACACCUCGACCGAUAAUCCCCAAAUGGGCCAACAGGGAGGAAGCAACUCGGCGGUGGCCAUGAGCAUUCUCUACAGCAUAACAGGACUCAUAACACUGCUGUUCCUGGCCAUCAUUGCAACCGGAGCAAUUCGCGCCCACCGCCACCCCGAACGAUACGGUCCCCGAGCUAGCAUCGGUGGAAGACCUAGGCAGAGUCGGGCGAAAGGUCUCGCACGAGCUAUGCUGGAAACUCUGCCCAUUGUCAAGUUUGGUGAUCCUGAAGCACCCAAGCCCGAUGCUGAGAACGAACUCCAAGGUAUUCUGGUGGACAGGAAGGAUCCAAUACCACAAGUACGGGUCGAGUCCGCCAAUACCGAUGAACAACCACGGACGUCGGCCGAGGCCUCGAGCAAUGCCGCCACUCAGUCUAUGACGACAAAAGACGCCACAGCUGCUGAUGCUGCUGCUGAUGCUGCUACUUCUGAGGACAACCAGAAGGAAGAGAGCCCCAUCGUCGAUGAACGUCUUGGUUGUUCGAUCUGCACUGAGGACUUCGUUGUGGGAGAGGAUGUGAGAGUAUUGCCUUGCGAUCACAAGUUCCACCCGGCCUGUGUCGACCCGUGGCUGGUUAACGUCUCUGGCACAUGCCCACUGUGCCGUCUCGAUCUCCGACCUGAAGCGAAAACUGGAGACCCUGCGAGCAGCGAGGCUCCACCUGAGGAUGACCCUGCUGCCGAAGGUGCACCAGCACAUCCGGUUGAGCCCUCUUCAGCCGAGCCCGCUGCGGUCAACGCUACUCCAGUCAGCGCCGCCACGGCUGGUGCCGAUGGAGGUGACGUGGAUGCGACGCAAAGGCGGCGUGUGUCGCGCCUGCUGGACUGGAACAGGCUACGCCACGCAUCGGUUGAUGAGCGCAUCACAGCUCUUCGGCAAUUUCGUCAAUCACAGCAGGCGACGUCACCAGAGUCCGCCACAGCUCACGACGAGACACGACGUGUCAGGCUGGCAGAUCGAAUGCGCGAGAGGUUCCACAUCCGGACCCAUCGCGCGCACACACCGGGGAAUACUCGUCCGACGAGUUCCUAA